AUGACCUCAGCACCUAGAGAUGCACUGGAGUUUCCAGAUUCAGAUAGGGGCUUCUUAGAGCCUCAUCUACCUCCUCGGGAUGGCUCGGCACCUGAGUCUGAUCUCCCCUUCACAACACUCACAUUCGCGACCUCGCUUGACGCUUCUCUAGCUCUGUCCCCUGGUGCACGUACAGUUCUUUCUGGACCCCAAUCCAAGGCAAUGACUCAUUAUCUGCGAUCUCGCCAUGACGGAAUUAUCAUUGGCGUUGGUACAGCAGUGGCAGACGAUCCCGGUCUCAACUGUCGAAUCACAGGAGUUGGGGGUUAUGGCAAGCCCGGCCUAGAUGGCCAGCCUAGACCAGUUGUGAUUGAUCCGACAGCCCGAUGGGACUUUUCAGACGACAGCAAGCUGUUCCAACUUUGCAGAGAGGGGCGUGGCCUUGCACCAUGGAUCAUCACCGCAGUUGAGAAACCAAACGCCAAGAAACAAGCAUUACUGGAAAAAUACGGCGGAAGAUUUAUCCCAGUCAAAAUGCUUAGAACCCACACCGGCCGACAUCAGGUUGACUGGCCAGAUUUGCUCGUCACCUUGAAAUCGAACGGUCUCAACAGCGUGAUGGUAGAGGGUGGUGGCCAGGUCAUCAAAUCCCUUUUGUGCCCGCUUUACAUGUCUUUGCUGGACAGCGUCAUUGUUACUAUUGCUCCCACGUGGUUGGGUGAAGGUGGCGUGGUCGUCUCCCCUGAUAGGCGCUUUGACGAGGAUGGAAAUGCGAUCUCCGCAGCGAGAUUGAAGAAUGUCAAAUGGUACCCAUUUGGGGAAGAUGUCGUUCUUUGUGGGCAGAUCAAGCUCUAUGACUGA